UGCAUACAACUUUUUCUCUUAAAUUAUAAGAUUUAACCAAGCAAAGAAAUUGUGGAGAAAACAAUGGCGUUGUUGAAAUUUCUAUUCCCACCGUCUCUGUUCGUCACUGCAACGUCUCUAGCAUCUUUCACGGCACUGGCGAGUGCUGGGUUAUCGGAAUUUAGAGGCAAAAAUGCUGAAUAUUCCAAGUUUUUCAACAUCCGUUCAAAUGCUUCCGAUUCAGAAAAAUCGAGCAAGUUUACACUUCCGAGUAGAAUCGCCAUGGCCACGCUUUAUACACCCGCUUUUCUUGCUGGGAUUUCUUCGUUUGCGAUUUUCCCAGAAGAGAAUCUCAGGUUUUUGUUGCUCAAAUCCGCCAUUUCCAUCCAUUUCUUCAAACGAGUUCUCGAGUCGUGUUUUGUUCAUAAAUACAGUGGUGAAAUGGGCAUCGACACAAUGAUUAUAAUACUCUCAAGCUAUUUCAUUUCCACUGCACUCAUGAUCUUUAACCAACACUUAACGAUCGGACUACCGGAGCCUGCAAUUGAUUUGAAAACCCCAGGGAUCCUUUUGUUUUUCCUGGGAAUCUCUGGCAAUUUCUACCAUCAUCUUCUUCUCUCCAAACUGAGAACCGAAGGUCCCAACAAGGAAUAUAAGAUUCCAAAGGGGGGUUUGUUUGGAGUUGUGGUUUUCCCUCACUACUUGUUUGAGGUUUUAAUUUUCUGGGGAUUUGCUUUCAUUUCACAGACUUUGUUUUCAUUUGCAUAUGCCAUGGCAACUACUUGUUACUUGCUGGGUAGAAGUUAUGCAUCCAGGAGAUGGUACCUUUCAAAGUUUAAAGAUUUUCCCAGGAAUGUUAAGUCCAUGAUUCCAUUUUUGUUUUAAUUCUGUAGGUUGAGGAAUGUUGUUUAUGUAUCUGAAGUUAUAUCCAGUCCUCAGCCUUUGAGUAGGGAUGAAGAAGAUGAUGCUAUAAUU